AUGGAUUUACCAACCGCAUGGAAUAUUGAAUAUAGACGUAAUCUUUUAAGAUUAAAUUCAGACAGGCUUAUAAUGACUUAUACAGAUCUUGGUGGAAUUGAAUACUGUGCUGCAAUUCGAGCAAAUCAUCCUAUUCCUGAGCAAUGUGGAUUAUUUUAUUUUGAAGUUGACAUUAUAAAUAAAGGGGAAAAUGGUAUGUUUGAGAUUGGAAUCGGGUUUUGCACACAAGCAGCAAGCCUAAAUAGAUUGCCCGCUAGUUCGUGGGGUUAUCAUGGAGAUGAUGGAAAAAGGUUUUUUAACGAUACUGUUGGAAAACCAUAUGGAUCAAAAUUUAUGACUGGUGAUACUAUUGGAUGCUGUAUAAAAUUUAGAAAUAAUACGGCAUUUUAUACCAGAAAUGGUGCAUUGCAUUCCGAGAUUUUAAAAAAAGCAUUGUAUCCUUGCGUUGGAUUAAUGUCGCCAGGUGGAUCUGUAGGGGCAAACUUUGGCUAUAGAAAUGAUUAUAUUGAUGAAUUUUUAAAGAAUAAUUGGGCUGAAAUCCUUAAUCCAAAUAAUGAUAAAUUAAUAAGUCAACAGAUUAAUAGAUUUUCGAGAUCAUUAGAAAUUAAAAAAAAUGUAUUAAAAUACCAAGGAAAACUUUAUUUUGUUAUAGGUGAAUAUGAGCAAGCACUUGCAGAUUUGACAAAGUUGCUAGAAUUUGAGACACAAUACAUUUGCAUUAAGAUAUCGAGCAGAAAUUUAUUGUAUGAUUGA